CAAGUAUCCUCACACGCUGUGCUGACGUAUUUUGCGCGCUUCUUUGUUUCCACACACUGGCCGCAUGUCGGGACCUAAUUAUGGGCCCCCCAACGACAUCGGAGAGAUGAUAAGUCGUAUUCGCGCGUCUACGUCCGUUCCUUCUGAUCCUUAUGGUGAGGAUAGACAUUAUGGUGGUUAUUCUGGCCACAGGAGUGCCGGGACGUACAGUCCGGAUCCUUACGAGCGAGCGAGGCGAGGCCGCGGGUCACAGCGUCGUCGCGAUUGGUAUCAACACGACGGUCGUAGCUCGGAGUAUCACGAAGAGGAGAGCUACGACAACUACGAUACGUAUGAUUAUCAAGACGAGCGCGGACGGCGGUGGAGAGGCGGAGACGAGCGAGAAAACGAGUGGUCACGUGACCACGGUGGAGAUGGCACAAGAGAGUGGGACAGGGGGAAGGAAUGGAUGCAAGAGGAGGAGGAGGAGUGGGAACCCGAGUGGGAACAGGAAAGGAGCAGUAGACGCCAGUGGAGUGGCCAGCGGCAGAGAGAGCGGAGUAGAAGUCGAGAGAGGGUGGAGAGUGGCCGAGAACGAUACAGAGAUCGGGAUCAUACACAGAGAGAGCAGGGAAGGAGGGACAGGGAACAGGAUCGAGGAGAACCGAGUAGUACGGUGUGUUUGAGGAAUCUGAUCGACAGCGUGCAGGAAGACGACCUUUAUCAGGCUUUGAGAGAAGUCGGCUGCACGGUGAUGAAGGAUGUUAGAUUGGUUCGUCAUCGAGAGACGGGGCAGUCUAGAGGAUUUGCGUUUGUGGAGUUCUUGUCUCAAGAUGAUGCUGAAAGGCUGAUUAGAAUAUCUGAUAGACAAGGGUUAUACGUUCAUGACAGACGAGUGUCAGCCAGCUAUAGCAAGAGUCGUUACAUUGAUGACAGAGUGUCGGAUUGGUCUUGCCCACAGUGUCAAAGACUGAACUUUCGUUGGCGCGACGUUUGCUUUAGCUGCCAUUCUCCAAAGCCUGAUCCAAACAUGGCAAUGGAUCCCCCGGUGCCAGAAAAUAGUUUGGAUGGCUCAAGGUAUGCAUCGAAUACACCGCAAUGCAAUGUGCUGCUUUUUCGUAAAUUGGAUGCUCUGUCAACAGAAGACUCUAUUAGAGAGGCAUUGCUGGCGAUUUUGCCCAUCCGGAUCAUGGACAUCCUCGUGAUGAGAGACGCUCUCACAAAUACAUCACGUGGAUUCUGUUUUGUGGAAUUUGAUUCGAUACAGACUGCUGUGUAUGUAGAGCAAGCGUUACAAUCAUUCCAGCCACCAUUUUUAGUAGACAACAGAGAAGUCAAAGUUUCAUACGUCAAGUGGCCACUCACAGGCAACUCAAACAGUUGUGUGACUGCUCACCACCCGCAGCUAGGCCAAGUGCUGCCAGCACAGCUACCCGGCUCAAUUGGGACGUAUGUUAGUGCUGCUAUGCUCAUAUCUUCGGUGGCGAACACAGAGCAGGAGCUAGCGAAGGACGAAGCGAUAUCUCGUAGCAUGAGAGAGAAAGAGAAGGCGUGGAAGACGUCGAGUGAGUCGGGAAAUUCGUCUCAAUUGAAACGCGGCUCGCAGAGUCAACGGAAAGGCAAAGGUCACCAGAAAGCCAACAAUCCAAUUGCCGAGAAUGCAGUUUCCGCUGCAGCAGCACUGGCUGCCAAUGCAUCCGCUCAAACGUACAACGGGAGUCAACAACAACAAUCAAAGCAUCAAACUCAACAGCAGCAGAACGAGUCGGCGUCCGGUGAGAGGAGCGAGCCGAGUUUCACGUACAACGAAUCGACGGGACUCUACUACGAUCCCAAGACAACAUAUUAUUACAACCCGGUGUCAUGUCGUUAUUGUUAUUACAAUGCACAGCAGCAGGUGUACAUUGGAGUCGACGAAGCCGGAAAUUCGAUGGGGCCGGAAACGUUGCCGAUAGCGACCGCAGCUUUGCAAGAGCCGCUAGAAAUGGGAGACAGGAAGAAGAAAGAAAAGGAAUCAAAAAAGAAAACAGCUAAACAGAUUGCCAGAGAUAUGGAAAGGUGGACGAAGAGAAUUAAUGACGCACGGUUAAUAUUGAAGGGUUCGGCGGUUGAUGAUGAACCGCUGAGUAGUGCUGCUAUAUCUAAGACAGGAGUUGCAGGAACGUUAGGGUUGGAACACUUACGAGCAGUUGCUAGCAGCACUUCUGUUGUUGAAGCUGAUCUUACUCCGGCACCUGCUGUCCCUUCAAGUGGCACCGGAAUGAUUGACCCCGAUCCUACUCACACAGACUGGGACACGCUAGCCUGUCUUCUAUGCAAGCGAAAGUUUGCAAGCCGAGAAGCACUAAUUCGUCACCAAAAGUUGUCGGACCUGCACAAGGAAAACUUGGAGAAAGAGCAGAGCCAGCCGGGCGUCUAUCGCGAUCGAGCGCAAGAACGGAGGAACAUUCAAGGAACGCAAUGGACUUAGCGAAUUAGACUGAUUGAAACGAGAUGCAAAUACGUUUUUGUUUUCGUACAAGAUAAUGUGAAAAGCAGUCUGUAAUGACAGCAACAAUGGAAGGCUUUGACAUAGCCAAAAUAGGUCUCUUAGUUGUCUGUAAUAGUAAUAGCAAUCUGUCUCUCUCUACUGACUAACGGUUGGGGCUAUGCA